GGAAAUUGCUACACUUUUACUCAAAGGGCUAUAUCUUUAUUUUUAUCCGUGGGCGCAGUGCAGAGUCCGACCGUUGAUAUCUAACCACUGCAGCCUGAGCAUAACACUCCCUUAGUAUCCCUACACAAGUGCAGUGGCAGUGACACGGAGAAACGAAAAAAGAAAGAAACAGAAGAGAAAAAUAAAAUAAAAAACACAUGCAUCGCAAAACUCGCUUCGUCUGCGUGUCGGAUACUCACGCCUACAACCCCUCCGAGGCGGGGUUCAAACUACCCCCGGGGGAUGUGCUCAUCCAUGCGGGCGAUUUGACCAACCGGGGGAGUUUGGCGGAGCUGCAGAAGACUGUGGAUUGGAUAAUGAAAGCGGAUUAUGAGGUUAAGAUUGUGGUUUGUGGAAACCACGACAUCAGCCUUGACCCAAGCCUCAGUGCCCCCAACCAGCCACAACAACAACAACAACAACAAAGAAAUCCAGCACACCACGAAAGCCUCAACACCCUCAAAGCCACCCCAAUCCUCUUCCUACAACACGAAUCCGCCCUCAUCCGCCUAACCCGGCCCAACGGCCCCAACACCACCUUCACCGUCUUCGGCUCCCCUUACUCACCAUCCCACCAGUCCCAAUUAUCCGGGCCGUGGGCUUUCGGAUACGACUCGUCUACUCCUGCUGCAGCUACAGCCCUAUGGGACAGCAUGCCAUUGGACACCGACGUGGUGGUCACGCACACGCCGCCUCACUCGCACUGUGAUGGGCGGCCUCUUGUUGGAGGCGAGUCUGGCUCUACAUCAGUCGGAUGUAAGGGUCUACAGGAGGCACUGCAGCGGGUGAGGCCGUUGCUGGCGGUCUGUGGGCAUGUUCAUGAGGCGCGGGGGUGUGAGAGGGUGCGGUGGAGGGGUGGUUCCUUGCAGGAUAGUCGUAGUGGUAGUUUGGAUGGGGUUGUACCUGGGGAGGGGGGGAGAGAGAAACAGCUACUUCCGUCAGUGGGGAGUAAGAAGAUGAGUUUGGUGGAUUUGACGGGGAGGAGGGGGGGUCGUCGCCUUGACAACGAGGGGGGUCGUUCUGAUCAGAGUGUGCUGUGGCGGGUGGACAAGUCUUCAGAGCAAGAAGGGGAGGCGGAGAAGGAAGCGUUGAAACAGAUACAGACGAGUCGGCAGGAAACGUGCAUCGUCAAUGCCGCAAUCGUGGCCACUAGCUAUCCGCAUCGGGGAGGCAAGCGAUUCAAUGCGCCUAUCGUGGUGGAUGUGGAGUUGCCUGUGUGGGGUGAUCCAGGCUCAGGUUGAGAGCUUGAAGAUGAAGACUGGAGAUCAGGGAUUCAUCUUGCUUCACUACGAGCUCCUAUCAAGAUUGAUAUUGGAAUGUAGCGAAUCAUACAGGAAAUCAUGGUGGAGGUGUCCCAAGGUAGAGUUUGACUCCAAGUUCUGGCAAAUACUAGAAAUGUAGGAAGGCAUCAUUCUAG